AUGCCCGGCGUUGGUGGGAACUUCUACAACAACAACGCCAACAAUGGCCUGCGCAAUUCUCUCCCGGUGUCCAGAAAUGGCCCCAGCCCCAGCGCGGGGAACCAGCAGCAACAGCCGACCAACAACACCGGCAGUUUCUACCCCACGCCCCAGCCACAGCCGCAGCCGCAACCCGGUUCUUACAUGUAUCAGGAUUCGACCCUGAGCCAGAGCCCCUUCACCACCCAAUCCCCCGUCUCGCCCACCUUCAAUCUCAAGACCAGCACCAAUGGUCGCAAUCCGAGCUUAUCGUCCGCCGUCAACCAGCAGCCCACGCCCAGCACGGCGAUCUCGGGCGAUACCAGCAAUCCCCAGAAUCCUUUUGCGGGUCCCUUUUUCGAUCCCAGUGACCCCGCCCUCUUCAACUUCGAUCUAUCAAGCAUGAAUUUCGAGAACCGCUAUGGCGCGUUGGAGUUUGGCAUGCUCGGUCACAUGGCCACCGGCGCAGGCGACUCACCCAGCGACUCGGCGACGCAGCGAGGGUCGAUCGGCCGCAGUGGGUCUGCGCAGUUCUCCACGCCAGCUCCUGGGUUUGGAGAAAGUCCGGGGAAUCAGCAGCCGUUCAUGUUUGGGGAUCCAUUACUGAACGAGUGGCCGACCGGACAGGCCCCGGGUCAGCCGCAUGUGAACGUCGGCGGGGUGUAUGGUCAAAAUGGCAUGUUGCCCGGCCAUAUGAAAGCAGAUCCUCCACAUGCGUUUGCGAUCGAGAGCGGUCCUGCAAGCUUCGCAAGCCCGGGCGCAGCAACCAGUCCGCAUGUGACGACAUCCGGCUUCGAGGAUCCCUCGUUCAACAGCGUGACCAAGUCGAACAGCCUAGCGCCGAAUGGUCAGCGUCCGUUGAUAACGACGCCGAGCUUGAAGCACCAGACGCUGCAGAUUGGACCAAAGCGACGCCAUCGGAACCCGUCUUCGAUCUACGAGAGCGUCAAGGAGCCUUAUGCGUAUACGAGUGGAUUCCACAAUCUCACGGCGUUCAUCCAACGACGAUUCUCCCCGCAAAAGACCGUCCGCAUCGCCAAGGCCCUGGCCUCAAUUCGACCGUCCUUCAUCGCGACAACGAAGACCCUCAAUCGAGACGACCUGAUCUUUAUGGAAAAAUGCUUCCAGCGCACACUAUGGGAAUACGAAGAUUUCAUCAACGCCUGUGGCACACCCACAAUCGUCUGUCGACGCACAGGCGAAAUCGCAGCCGUCGGCAAAGAAUUCAGCAUCCUAACCGGCUGGAAAAAAGACGUGCUACUAGGCAACGAAGCAAACCUCAACGUCAACACGGGCGGAACCUCAGCCCCCGCCUCCGGCACCACCUCCCGUGGCAGUUUCACGCCGCGCAGCUCCGUGCUCGAGAAUAACCCCGGCGGGCGGCCGCAGCCUGUUUUUCUCGCAGAGUUGCUGGACGAUGACAGCGUCGUUGAGUUUUAUGAGGACUUUGCGCGGUUGGCGUUUGGUGAUUCGCGCGGUAGCGUGAUGACGCGCUGUAAGUUGUUGAAGUAUAAGACGAAGGAUGAUAUGGAGGCUGCGCAGUCGGAUGAUGGAAAGUGGAAUACUCAUUUGAGGAAGGGGGUAUUGCUGGUGAGGCGGGGAUGA